AUGAACGCGAAGAAACAGACAAAGACGAAGACGAAGAUGGAGAAGAAGAAGAGAAAGUACGGGGUAUAUGGUAAAACAAGAAUUACUGAUUGCCAAAAGGCAGCCAAGAAGUGGGAGCUGGUGGAUACGAAUACGGCCCAGGAGUGGCUUGACUGGGCGGAAAAGGCACGCGAACCCCACACCAAAACUCUGCUCGGAACGGGCUGGGCGAGGGACGGAGGCCUGGGAGGUAUUGGAGAGGAGAGUGUGUCUGUCAUAAGCACCUUGAUCUGA